UCGGCGGCCGCGCCAUGGAGGGCGGCCGCACUGCGGUGCUGCGCGUGAAGCGAAAGCGGAGCGCCGAGCCCGCCGAGGCCCUGGUCCUCGCUUGCAAACGCCUUCGAAGCGGGGCCGAACGGUCGGAGACCCAGGAGACGUCCCCCCGGGGUCCCGAGGGAGACGCGGAGAAAAAUGUCUUCCAGUUAGUGGCCACCGUACGCACGCAGGAGGAGCCGGUCCAGCCGCUCGUCCGCGCCGCCUUGCGCCCUGCGCGGAGCAGCGAGCAGCGGAUCCGCCGCGACCUCCGCGAAUCGGCGUCCCGGAGCCGGCAGGAGGGUCGCUACCGGGUGGUCGCCAGCCGCCGGUCCCUGGGGACGCUCGCGGCCGGCCUGGAGCCCGCGGCCGGCCCGGGAGACGCAGAGGCCACCGAGGACGCCGGCUUCCAGCUCUUCGACCUGGUCCACGAGGAAGGGGAGCCAGAGGCCGCCGGCGCCGGGGCCGCCUGCACGCCCUCCAACCCAGACGCUAUCCUCUGCAACUCUGUAGAGUUGAUCCGGGAACGGCUGACGUUAUCAGAGGAUGGCCCCAGAGUUGGGCCGCAGGAGGAACAGAAAGAUGAUUAUGUGUAUGACAUUUACUACUUAGAGAUGGCCACUCCCGGGUGGAUCGAGAAUGUCCUCUCUGUGCAGCCUUACAGCCAGGAGUGGGAGCUGGUGAACAAUGACCAGCCAUCAGAGGACACCUAUGAAGAUGAAGAUGAUGAGAACAGUGAAAAUAAUUGGCGCAAUGAGUACCCAGAUGAGGAGGAUGACAGUGAUGAGGAAGAUUCCAGAGAUUCUGGUGACUACAGCAGCUGCAGUGAAGAUGAAAGACGCAACAGGAGACCGCAGCUGUGGAGCAAGUACCCUUUGGACGUACAGAAAGAGUUUGACUAUGACAGCCCCAGUGAGCUGGAUUAGACUCGACCUUGUAGUAGCCAUGAAAUUCGGCCAUUUGCCAAGAGGGCUCUGUGACUAGCUUCAGCUGUCCUAGCCACAUCCUCCCAGGUUUCCUCAUCAACUUGUGGAGGAAAAAGGCCUAACUAUCAACCCGAUCCCAGUACGGUGAAAAUGUGCUGUGGGAGUGCGUCUUAGUCACUGAAUGGGCCCCUUACCUGAUCACAGGUGACCCUGCAUAACCAGGGAGAGGGCUCCAAGAACUGAUGCGUGGGAAGGCCCAGGUUUGAUGCAUGGUACCAAGUACUGGUGUAGCCAAGAGUAAUCCCUGAGCACCACCAGGUGUGAUCCCCAAAGGUGGUCAGAGUUUAGGGAUGGUGGGAAUACGAUAAAAAGGAAGCCUCCUGGUCCAAGCUUCUCCCCAGCAUACCUGUUGUCUUUGCUGAAACCAGUUAUAUUGAAGAAAGACUUGUUUAUCAGUAGUCAGAUUUGUUUUCCCAGACCGCCAGGCCACCUCCAGUUCCUUUUGAGUAAAGGAAAUGACAAGGUGUCAUGGGUCCCUUGUGUCUGCACAGACCUGCCAGUCAUGGCCCACGCUGGAGGAAGUAGAAUCUGCCUGAAAAGUGAGUAGUGCCACCCAGUUCUGGUAAUGUUACAGAGACUGCAUUGGUGCCAAAGAAAGAGGACGUGUAUGACUGUGAUACUGUGUUUAAUAAAAACUAACUUUAAAACCGUUAACAUCUAAAGUCUAGGG